AUCAGAUUAAAUUUGUUGUUGCACGUUUCAAUGAUUUAAUAUUGAUAUAACUGAUAUAAUAUUGAUCAUCGUAUCAGAGAAAAUUUAGUUGCUUAUAGUUAUGGAGUCAAUUUACACAUUUUCCUUAGUUAAAUAGUUCAAUCUUGAGGCUUUCGUUGUUUCAUCUAGAAAACGGUUUGUAUUGGAAUCACAAAAUUCUUGUGUUCAAUUUUGAAGGUUUUUAAGUACUUAAUUACGUGAUUUAUAUUUGUAUAUUUUAUGUAGGAAUGAAUGUUUGAAGACGAGCGAUGUAUGGCUGAUUGAUUGAUCGAAAUAUUAUCUUUUUGUGUUACGAGUUGUGAAUAAUUGAAUGAUUGUAAAAUAUGAGAUUGUGUGAGGUGGAUUUCGCGCACGUGUUUGUUGGGCGCUUUGAAUGUUUGAUGAGGAGGUGAAGAGAAGCAUUGGACGGGCAGGUGCUAAAACAAGCCGAAAGUUCUCAUCGGAAACGUCCUCUUGUGCGCGUUUUUCGUCCGUAUCGACAGUGAGCGAUGAUGAAUUACUAAAUGUGAGUCAUUUAAAAUUGAUUUUCUGUCGGUUGCGCGGCUUGCAUUUUUAAUGAGAGAGGACGAACGGAUGAUGGUGGAUACGUACCUGACGUAAGCGCGUCGCGGCGUGCAACUCGCGGAGAGCGUGUGCUUUAUAACAAUAGCAGAAAAGGAACAAGGAUACACAACGACGCGCAAAGAUAGAAAAGGGGAGCAGUAGGUGUGCAAACGGAUGAACGAGAGAAUAGGAAUUAACUACGACGACGACGUCGUCCUUUUCUGGCGCGACCGCUGCCAGUUUUAGUUCGCUCCUGUCUGGUUGCGCGGGCAGAACUGUCCUCUCCUGUCCUGUCCUAUGUGACAGAUGACAGAACGUAGUAAAUAGUGUGUCGAAGAGGAUCUGGAAUCCGAGGAGGAUGCGUUGACCUGAAAGGAGGGGAUCCCCCAAAAAUAAACAUUAACAGAUACGCUAAUUUUCGAGAGAUUGGGAGAGAAAGAGUUGAUCAACAAAUUGUUUGAUUAGUUUCCUUCUUUUAUUUUGGGGGGAUCCAAAUAAUAUAUAUAUAUAUAUUUGUGUUAUAUUUUUAUCUGUGAUUUUUAUCGGUUGUGAAUUACGCGAUUAUGGCGAUGCCGUUAUCAAUUUCCUGCUCGCAGCGAGUCAAGGAAGCCUUGAUGGUCGGAUCGACGUUGGACGCGACGAUGACGACGAAAAUCCUUGCUCCGGUGAAGACCGAAAGACAGAUCCUCGAGAAUUCGAUGCUCGAGGAUGACCCGAACGCCAAUUGCACCAUCGGCCAGCAGGAGGAGGAGCGGGUGCCGACCGGACCCAGAUGGGGUCCGCAACACAAGGGCGCACAAGAGUUGGCCAACCUCUACAGCACAGGUAAGCGGCUGCAAGAGUGCGUGUGCGUUUGCAUCUGCCUCGCUCUGAUGUUGGCGAACUUCUUUUACCUGGUUUUGAAGUUUCGAUGGCAGAAUGCAAGUGCCAUCAUCGCCGCUGCUCUCUUCGGCAUCGUUUCGGCAGAUUUCGGUUCGGGCUUCGUGCACUGGGCUGCGGACACCUGGGGAUCCGUCGACCUGCCUCUCAUCGGAAAGAACUUUCUGAGGCCGUUCCGCGAGCACCACAUCGAUCCCACGUCGAUAACGCGCCACGAUUUCAUCGAGACGAACGGCGAUAACUUCACCGUGACUAUACCGUUUUUAGGCCGAAUGUUGUGGGAUUUCCUCACACUCUCCGAGGAUGAGGUGCAGGGUAAAUUCACGUGGAACUGCUACGUCUUUCUGCUGGCCAUCUUCGUCGCCAUGACCAAUCAGAUUCACAAGUGGUCGCACACAUACUUUCUGCUGCCCGGAUGGGUGGUCUGGCUGCAGGAACACCACGUCAUUCUGCCGCGACGUCACCAUAGGAUUCACCACGUCGCGCCUCAUGAGACCUACUUCUGCAUAACCACCGGUUGGCUGAAUUGGCCACUGGAGAAGCUCCACUUUUGGAGCUUCCUCGAGUACGUGAUCGAGUACACAACCGGCUGCAAACCGCGCGACGACGACCUCAAGUGGGCUCAGAAGGGCACGUGAUACCCUCUCACCACCAAUACACAACACCAACCACCGAAAACACCACACACAAAUUUACUACAAUUAAUCAAUUGAUACACACAUCGCCAUAUUUUUUUUACUUAAGCAUAGCUUUUAUCAAUUGUUUUACAAUGACAGUUUACAUAUAUAUAUAUAAUUACUUUUUAUACAUGGAAUCAGGAACAGCUAUUGUCAUUUCUUACGAUCUGACAUUGCAAUACCCGAUGAACGCAUCUCUAAUUUAUUACCUGCGUAUCCGCCGGACAAAUUCAUUUACACUUGAAACAGUUGUUUCCAUUUGCGUACAUAAAUGUUUAUAAACAUGUGUUUUACAGAGCUGAAUAAUGUUGAUGAUGAUCGUCGUUAUUGCAAUGUUCAAUUAUACUUUGCGUCAAUCGUAAACGCAACUGUUCCGUUGUUGUUGUUAUUAUUAUUUAAUUAGUUUUCUAAAAUUUAUUUGAAAAGCAAAGACGCCUUCAAUCUCUGGGAUAUUAAGCUUUAAGAAAAAGAAAU